AAUAGAAACCGCACAAAGCUCUACGGAUUUGUCGUCGUCGUUGAAUUUUGGUGGUAGAACUCGACAUCUCCGCCCCAUCGGAGUUGCAGCCCCCUUUCUCCUACAACGGAUCACCAUUUCUCUCUGUAAUUUUCCCUUAUUAUUAUAAUUCAUUCAUCGCUAUCACCACUUGUCCAUGCGCAUAUAUCCCCGUUUUUAUAUUAAAAAAUGUUUCAGAACUUUUCUUGAUUGUUUAUUCCAAGAAACAAAACAAGUAGCAAAAAGCCAUUGUGGAUUACGGAAGAAAUUGAGGGCUUCCGGCACAUUUUUCGGUAUUUGAAGAUCUAGGGUUUCUGGGUAUUUUUGAUAAGGCAGGUCCUGUGGAAAUUUUUGGGAGAGAGGUUAGGAUACCAAUGGCUCAAAAUGGACAGGGGAUCAGCCCUGCCUUACUGGAUGAUAUAAUCAAUCGGCUAUUGGAGUUCAGGCAAGCCAGGACCGCUCGGCAGGUUCAGCUCUCGGAGGCGGAGAUCCGUUUACUUUGUACCACUUCUCGGGAAAUCUUCCUUCAACAGCCUAAUCUGUUAGAGCUCGAAGCUCCCAUUAAGAUCUGCGGUGACAUUCAUGGACAAUAUGGCGAUCUCUUAAGGUUGUUUGAAUAUGGGGGAUUUCCUCCAGAGGCUAAUUAUUUGUUUCUAGGGGAUUAUGUGGACCGUGGCAAACAGAGUCUGGAAACCAUAUGCCUUUUGCUUGCCUACAAAAUCAAAUAUCCUGAGAACUUCUUCCUCUUGAGAGGAAACCAUGAAUGUGCUUCUAUCAACAGGAUAUAUGGAUUUUAUGAUGAAUGUAAACGCCGUUUCAAUGUUCGACUUUGGAAAACUUUUACCGAUUGUUUCAAUUGUCUUCCUGUGGCUGCUCUUAUAGACGACAAAAUACUAUGCAUGCAUGGGGGUCUUUCUCCUGAUCUAACUAGCCUAGAUCAGAUACGGAACUUGUCUCGUCCAACUGAUGUUCCAGAUUCUGGUUUGCUUUGUGAUUUACUUUGGUCAGAUCCUAGUAGGGAGGUUAAGGGAUGGGGAAUGAAUGAUAGGGGAGUCUCCUACACCUUUGGCUCUGAUAAGGUGGCCGAGUUCUUAAUGCAACAUGAUAUGGAUCUUGUUUGUCGUGCUCAUCAGGUUGUGGAAGAUGGGUAUGAAUUCUUUGCUGAUAGACAGCUUGUUACUAUAUUCUCUGCUCCAAAUUAUUGCGGUGAAUUUGACAAUGCUGGUACGAUGAUGAGUGUUGAUGAAAGCUUAAUGUGUUCUUUUCAAAUUUUGAAGCCAGCUGAUAGAAAACCUAGAUUUUUAUGACGCGAGCAAGACAUGAAUUCUGCUCUGUUGGUGAACCUACAAUUUUAAGAAUAUUGCAGAAUCCAUUGUGGGUAUUGAAGGAAAAGAUCCAUGAAGAUUGGAGAUUAAGAAGAUGUUUUUGGCAUUUGGAGGUUAAUCUAUAAUAUUUUAUGAUAUUGUUGAAAAGAUGUUGAUUUCUAAUUUGUUGGUCUGCGAUUUAUGAUGACAUUGUAAAUACAUUUGGCUUUGUAAAUCGCAUUCACAAUUUCCCAUCUCCUUCCUUACUUUGGGAUUCUUCU